AUGCAUACGCCUGAGUGUACGGAUGUAACGACGACCGAGUGGGACAGUAUGCUGGAUUGGCAAUGUUACCAAGGCCUAGCUGGCGAUGCCGACACGAAUCAUCAGCCCAGUGUUACCUGUUCUCCCUUUCGGCUUGGGCUAGCCAACCCCCAACCGGCGAGUACAGGCGGUAUAAUGCCGAUAAUAUUGACGCGGCAACAGAGCGCGUCCCCGGGUUACAUUAGUGCGAGGGUAGACUUGUGA